UGACGCAGUUGUUCUGUAUCAACACUACGGCGGUUCAGCUGCGGCACGACUUCCACUCGAGUGUUUGUGUUCAUUCACGUGUUUAGGUUUAUUAAUUAUAUUAUUGUAAAUAAGAACAUUUAAUAACGACACGGUGAGGUGCCGAGGAGCAGGAGUGUGUUUAGGACCCGGAUGAAGGAUGGCGGGGGUGUUCGACAUCGACCUGGAGUCGGAGGACGUGAGCGAUGCAGAGGAUGAUGUGUGUAACUUCACGGUGGCGGAAACGGAACCCGGUGAGACGGAGGAAGUGGAGCUCACCAGCGCCAGCGUGAACAGGGACAGCGAGCGAGUCGGACCCGACUGUUUCGAACUGCUCACUGUGCUCGGGAAAGGAGCUUACGGCAAGGUUUUCCAGGUCCGGAAAGUACAGGGAAGUCAGACAGGAAAAAUAUUUGCCAUGAAAGUUCUGAAAAAAGCAAAAAUAGUGUGCAGUGCGAAGGACACGGCACACACAAGGGCGGAGCGAGAGAUCCUGGAGACGGUGCGUCACCCCUUCAUCGUGGACCUGUGGUACGCCUUCCAGACUGGCGGCAAACUCUACCUCAUACUGGAGUGCCUGAGCGGUGGUGAGCUGUUCAUGCAGCUGGAGAAGGAGGGGAUCUUCAUGGAGGACACGGCUUGUUUUUAUCUGGCUGAGAUAACGUUAGCGCUCGGACACCUGCACUCCAAUGGGAUCAUCUACCGAGACCUGAAACCUGAGAACAUCAUGCUCAAUCACGAAGGUCACAUUAAACUCACUGACUUUGGCCUGUGUAAGGAAUCCAUCCACGACGGCAGCGUCACACACACCUUCUGUGGUACCAUCGAGUACAUGGCUCCAGAGAUUUUGAAUCGCUCAGGACACAACAAAGCCGUGGACUGGUGGAGCCUCGGAGCGCUGAUGUACGACAUGAUGACCGGCUCGCCUCCGUUCUCAGCCGAAAACAGGAAGAAGACCAUUGACAAAAUCCUGAAGUGUAAACUGAACCUUCCUCCGUACCUCACGCCGGACGCCAGAGAGCUGAUCAAAAAGUUGUUGAAGAAGAACCCGGCUCAGAGACUGGGUUCUAGUAAAGCCGACUGCGCAGACAUUCAGAAGCAGCCUUUCUUUCGCCACGUUAACUGGGACGACCUGCUGAGUAAGCGAGUGGAGCCGCCCUACAAGCCAUCGCUGCACUCGGAUGAGGAUGUCAGUCAGUUUGACAGUCGCUUUACCAAACAGACUCCAGUGGACAGUCCUGAUGACACGACACUGAGUGACAGCGCUGAUCAUGCAUUUGCUGGCUUCACCUACGUGGCCCCCUCAGUGUUGGAGAGCCUGAAGGAGGGGUUCUCGGUAGAACCGCGGUUACGUCCCAUCCGUAGACACAACAGCAGCCCACGCACGCCCAUCAGUCCUCUCUCCGGACCCUUUAAGAUCAGUAUUGAUGGAGAGGAGGAGCCUUCUGCUCAGGCUCCACCCCUCCCUGUUGAAAACGGUGCCUCCAAGCCAAUCAGAACGCCGGGACGCAACAAGAAACAAAAAGGCCGUCGUGGUGGGAAAUGAAGCUGUCAAUCAGUUUUCCGAUUUCUUCAGGAUGCUAAUGUCUGUUACCACUUGGUCUCUCUCUCUCUCUCUCUCUCUCUCUCUCUCUCUCUCUCUCUCUCUCUCUCUCUCUCUCUCUCGCGCAGCGCAAACCAAAG